AUGAGCGUACAGAUGACGACGCCGUUCUACGAGUACACGUACGUGUACCAAUCGAUUCGCGGAGUGCCCGAGUACGUCAAUCUCGAGUUCGCCGUCCACUGGAUCGCCGUGUUCGUGCUCGUCACACUCGUCUACACCGUCCCGGCCGUGUGCAUUUUCGCGCGCAUCGCCCAUUUCUACGCGAAAAAUGUGGAGGUGAUCAAGAAGAACGGACUGCGCAUCGAGAUAUUCCAAGCGUUUCUGCUCAUGCAAUUCUGGAGCAACGUCUCGCUGCUCUCCGACUUUCUCAUGUUCCGCAUUCCGAACACCAGUGCGCUUACCUCGUUCUGUGCCGUCGAUGACCCGCAGAUUCUCAUUAAACUCGUCGUAUUUAUGUACUUUGCGUCGAGCUACACUGCUGAUAUUAUGAUGAUCAUGUUCUGUGUCAUGCGCGUCGCCAUUCUCUACCUGAUGCCCAGAAGAACACGGAAACAGGUGAAUAUUUGCAAUACAUUCUGUCAUAUUUUUAGUCUUUGUUUUUCAGAUACUUUACUAUUUCACGAUCGCCACCAUCCUCCUCUCGUUCUUGGUCUCUCUGCCGCAUUUGCUCAGCGAAGGCGUCUGUGUCCAACUGUUCACUCCGUACCCCUUCGGCUCCAUCAUCUUCAUCUCCAACUUUCAUCUCAUUCAUGUCGUGAGUCGAUCACAGACUGUCCCUAGAAGGUCUCAACGUCUCGCCCGUUUCAGAACUCGGUCUCUCUCGGCAACCUGCUCCUGCUCACUUUCGUCACAUGCAGCAUAAUCAUUCUCAACGUGCUAAUGCUAUUGAAGAUCAGAGAACGGAAGGAAUUGUGAGUGCUUGUGAGUAAGAACAGUCCCGCAAAUCAGUGGGCUCAUUUAGAAGUUUCGUGACGAAUGUCUCGUACAACACGCGAGCCGAGAGAACGCUCACCGGAACCAUGAUCAUUCUGCUCGUCCCGAUGCUUAUUAGCCAGUUCAUUGCGGUAGGCCUACAGUCCUCCUCAAUUCGUUGCCAUCAUUCUCGUGCUCAGAUUGGCGAGAUGUUCCACUUCGAGUUCCUCUCCUACAUUCUCCUGCUCCGUCCGGUUUUCGUGGACGCGCGUGUCCACAUCGUCUCCUGCUUCUUCUAUUUCACGCACCCCGUGUUCAAGAAGAACAUGAAAGUUAUUAACAGAACUUCUAUUGUCUCACAUACUUUGCAAUAA